AGGAGCUCAUGCAACCCAGUGGCUCGGUGACCAAGACACUUCUCCUCGGACACUCCCAGUGCUUAAACACUCCCCGGACCUUGCGAGCGAGCGUCUGGAUGCGACAUCCAAGGACGUGUCAUCCCUGAUUUUCUGGACAAUCUCUCAGGCUGCCCACAAUGCAUCAAGCCCAUCCCCCCAGAACAGGCAAGAGACCGUUAGUGGGGGAGCCGCUUUAAGUCGACCGCGUCUGGACGUCUGACUCGUCUCCUGGGAGAGCGCCACUUUCGGAUACGGUUGAGAAGAUACGAUAUCUCGGGGGUGCCAACUCCAGCUCCGUGGAAAAACAUUGUCUUCGAGCAAAUCAUUUGCCUCGGUUUCCCUUGGCAUGAUUUCGGGCUAACCAAAUGGAGUCUCAGGGUUCACGUCUACACGAUGACCCCGACAUCAAGGUGAUGAUGGCGGGAUCCACUUUGAGAAAGGUCAAGGCCCGUACAUGGAAGAAGCAAAGGCAUUUCCGACUCCUGGAGGAUGGUCUUAGUAUCUGGUACAAGUCCAGAUGGCUGGGAAAAGGACACUCCACCUUUUCGGUCAUGGACGUGGAAGCGGUGCGCGAGGGUCACCACUCGGAGGUCUUGCAGAGCAUCUCGGACGAGUUCCCGGCCGACCUCUGUUUCACUUUGGUGUUUCACGGUCGUCAAGGCAACCUGGACCUCGUGGCAGAGUCCCCGGAGGAGUCUCGAGCCUGGAUCCAGGGAUUACGCAAGCUCAUCCGUAGGGCUCAAACCAUGGAUGAGAAACAGAGACUCAACCAGUGGGUCCAAGACUGGUUUCAAAAGGCAGACAAAAACAAAGACGGGAAAAUAGACUUCAAAGAAGUGCGGAAACUGUUGAAGAUGAUGAACGUGGAGAUGAACGAGGAACACGCUUUCCAUCUCUUCACAAUGGCUGACCGAACGCAGAGCGGGUCCCUGGAACUCGAGCAGUUUGUCCUUUUCUACAAGAUGCUGACCCAGAGAGAUGAAGUGUGGAGAGUGUUCCAGGACUAUUCUGGAGAUGGGGAGAUAUUAAUGCUGGAGGAGCUGGAGAACUUCUUGACUGUAGAGCAACAGGAGGGAGAAGGAAGCGCCCAGCAUGCCAAGGAGCUGAUAGAGUGCCAUGAACCAUCAGAAGCAGCCAAGAGGCAAGGCACCAUGUCCCUUGACGGCUUCCAAAUGUACCUGUGCUCCCCGGAGGGUUCCAUAUUCAAACCCGACCGUCUGGGUCUCUACCAGGACAUGAGCCAGCCGCUCAGCCACUACUUUAUCUCCUCCUCGCAUAACACCUACCUGAUGGAGGAUCAGCUGCGAGGCCUGAGCAGCCUUGAGGCCUACAUCCAGGCCCUUAAGAGAGGUUGUCGCUGCGUUGAGGUGGACUGCUGGGACGGCAGCGACGGGGAGCCAGUGGUGUAUCACGGCCACACUCUCACCUCCAAGAUCCUCUUUAAGGACAUUAUAGCAACACUGAAAGAAUACGCCUUCAGGACAUCCGACUUCCCGGUCAUCUUGUCCCUUGAGAAUCAUUGCAGUGUGGAGCAGCAGACGCUCAUGGCUCGCCAUCUGAGCAAAAUCUUGGGUGACACGUUGCUAAGGAACGUUUUGGACGGACACGCCACUCCUCAGUCUCUUCCCUCGCCACAGGAGCUGAAAGGCAAGGUGUUGCUAAAAGCCAAGAAAAUUGGAGCAGCCCUGGACGGAACACUCACAGAUGACAUUAGCGACGAGGAAGAGAUGGCCAACGGUGAAGCUGUCAAAGAGCUACAUGUUGAGAACCAACACGAGAAGGCCAAGGAAUCCAAAUCCAACCUCUCGCGUGAGCUAUCUGAUCUGGUGGUUUACUGCAAGAGCGUCCACUUCCGUGGUUUCAAGGACAGCCCUUUACACGGCAAAUGUAACGAGAUGUCCUCGUUUUCCGAGUCCAAAGCCAAGAGGCUCGCCAAGGAAGCAGGAGCAGACUUUGUGCGGCACAAUGUGCAACAGCUAAGCAGGAUUUACCCCAGUGGCCUCAGGACCGACUCUUCAAAUUAUAACCCUCAGGAAUUGUGGAAUGUAGGAUGCCAGAUAGUGGCUCUGAACUUCCAGACGGCAGGUCUGGAAAUGGACCUCAACGACGGGUUGUUUAGACAGAACGCUCACUGUGGGUACGUACUCAAACCGAGCUUCUUGAGAGACAACCGCACGCGGUUCAACCCGGAGAAACCCCAAGAGCAGCCAGGCUACAAAGCCAUGCGCCUAUCAAUCCAGGUUAUAAGUGGGCAGCAACUACCAAAGGUGAACCAGAAAGAGGGCUCUAUUGUAGACCCCUUGGUCAGGGUGGAGGUGUACGGGGUAGCGCAGGACCAGGCGAAGGAGGAAACCAGUCACAUCAACAACAAUGGGUUCAACCCCGUGUGGGAUGAGACUUUGAAUUUUGUCAUCCACACUCCUGAUCUGGCCUUGAUUCGCUUUGUUGUGGAAGAUCACGACAAGACGUCCAAAAACGACUUCAUCGGACAGUACACGCUACCGUUUAGGAGUAUCCAACCAGGUUACCGUCACAUUCAUCUGCUUUCUAAAGACGGGACGGCCGUCCCUCCUGCUUCAUUGUUUGUUCAUGUCAGUAUCUCCCAACUGACAUGAACUGCUUCACCCUCCAGUUCUCAGGAGCAGCACCCCAGGGGCUUGUUGAAUUAUCAGAACAAAAAUGAUCAUCCAACAAACACGACAUAUCUCACAAUUAAGAUCACAAAACAUUCCCAUCAAUAUUUAUUGCUUCCAUAUUUUUAUUUCUAAAAAUGCAUUUUGAAAUGCUUCUUAAUGUACUAAUACUCGAAAUGAAAUAUUCUCAUUUGACGUGUAUUUUAUCUUAAUCAAUUGCCAUGUUGUGUAAACGUUCCCUUUAAAAAGUGAACAUCAGUAUCCAUUGAUUCAUUAAUCACAGAGAAAGAAAAUUCCACAAUGAUUUAAACAGUUAAAAUCAUGAAGCAUCAUUUUUAUCAACGCGAGACCAAGAAGGCCCCCCAAAUUCCCGUUCUCCAAUUGUGGCUGCCUUACCUGGAAAUAAUAUCUACAAUUGUGCAGUGCUUUGCUGCAAAUCAGAGCAUUGUUCAAAUGGGCCCCCAAAAAGGAGUGCCGGACGGAGUCAGAAGAUGUUUAUCGAACACUAAGUAUUGAUCUUGUAUAUGCAAAUGUUAUGCAGCUUUGUUAUUUGAUCUUUCUAACAAACAACAUGCAAGCUUGCAUGAGUUGGCCGUGCGCACACAGCCUGUCGUGUCCAAUGUUGGUAUAUGCAAACCUUAUUCUAUGCAUCCAAAAUAAAGAUCCCUGUGGUUUGAUGA